GGCUACACCUGUCUGUUCCAGGUCAUCAUGAAGAAGUUACGAGCAUCUGUAAGGAGUCACAAGAAGCAACCAGCCAACCACAAGAUAAGGGGAAAAUGUGCUCUUAGCAGCAGCCAGGCCAAACCUUCUGGCCUCGAUGGCCUGGCCAAGCAGAAGAGAGAGGAAUUACUGAAGACCUCUGUCUCUCCAUAUCACCUCUUCAGUGACAUGGCCGAUGUCACAGCUUUCCGAAGGAACCUGCUCAGCUGGUAUGACCAAGAGAAGCGUGACCUCCCUUGGAGAAAACGGGUAAAGGAGGAGGCCGACUUGGACAGGAGAGCCUAUGCGGUCUGGGUGUCAGAGGUCAUGCUGCAGCAGACCCAAGUUGCCACAGUGAUCGACUAUUAUACCCGAUGGAUGCAGAAGUGGCCAACGCUUCAAGACCUGGCCAGCGCUUCCCUGGAGGAGGUGAACCAGCUCUGGUCUGGCCUGGGCUACUAUUCUCGAGGUCGUCGGCUCCAAGAAGGAGCUAGGAAGGUGGUAGAGGAGCUAGGAGGCCACGUGCCACGUACAGCAGAGACCCUGCAGCAGCUCCUGCCUGGGGUGGGGCGGUACACGGCUGGAGCCAUCGCUUCUAUUGCCUUUGACCAGGUAACCGGUGUGGUGGAUGGGAACGUCAUACGGGUGCUGUGCCGUGUCCGCGCCAUUGGUGCUGAUCCCACCAGCACCUUUGUCUCUCAUCACCUCUGGGACUUAGCCCAGCAGCUAGUGGACCCAGCCCGGCCUGGGGACUUCAACCAAGCAGCCAUGGAGCUGGGAGCCACAGUGUGUACCCCACAGCGCCCUCUCUGCAGCCAUUGCCCUGUGCAGAGUUUAUGCCGGGCACACCAGAGGGUGGGACAGGGACGGCUCUCAGCCUUGCCAGGCAGUUCUGACAUAGAGGAGUGCGCUCUCAACACUAGACAGUGCCAGCUUUGCCUCCCUUCCACAAACCCCUGGGACCCCAACAUGGGAGUGGCCAACUUCCCUCGAAAGGCCAGCCGCAGGCCUCCCAGGGAGGAGUACUCUGCCACCUGUGUUGUGGAGCAGCCCGGAGCCACUGGGGGUCCCCUCAUCCUCCUGGUGCAAAGGCCUAACUCAGGUCUGCUGGCAGGACUGUGGGAGUUCCCGUCUGUCACCUUGGAGCCCUCAGGACAGCAUCAGCACAAAGCGCUACUGCAGGAGCUGCAGCGCUGGUCUGCACCCCUCCCCACCACUCCUCUCCAGCACCUGGGGGAGGUGAUCCACGUCUUCUCUCACAUCAAACUGACGUAUCAGGUAUACAGUCUGGCUCUCGAAGGACAGACCCCAGCAAGCACUACACCUCCUGGCGCUCGAUGGUUGACCUGGGAGGAAUUCCGCAAUGCAGCGGUGUCUACUGCCAUGAAAAAGGUGUUCCGCGUGUAUGAGGAACAUCGGCGAGGGACCUGCAAGGGUUCCAAAAGGCCCCAGGUGUGUACUCCAUCAAGCCGGAAAAAACCCAGCCGGGGACAGCAAGUCCUGGAUCGUUUCUUUCAGCGUCAUAUCCCCACACACAAAUCCAACAGUACUACCCAGUGAUACCCUGCCAUUCCCACCCCAAAUCCAGUCUAAUAAAAUACUUAUUUUUGUAGUCCCUUUGGA